AUGAAGCUCUCCAACCCCGGCACGGUCCCCGUGUAUACGAUCUCGGGCUCUAACACAGCCAGACAACUCCCGGAGUGGCUGGCCCGCCGCAGAAAGCGCAGCUUAAAGAAUGAUGUCGAGUACCAGAGUCGAGUUGAACUACUGCAGGAUUUUGAAUUCGAAGAGGCUAGUUCCUGUAUUCGAAUCAGUGAAGAUGGAGACUGGGUUAUGAGUACCGGCACAUAUAAACCCCAGAUUCAUGUUCACAAUCUGCCGCAACUUGGUCUCUCUUUCGCUCGCCACACCAACUCUCUAAACCACAGUUUCAUACUGCUCUCAUCCGACUACUCGAAGUCUCUACACCUGCAAACUGACCGCAGAAUCGAGUUUCACACGCCUAUGGGCUGCCAUUACGAAGUUCGUUUGCCCCGUUACGGUCGAGAUAUCAAAUACGAUCGACACUCUACCGAAGCGCUUAUCCCGGCCGUCGGCAUUGAUGCGGACGGCAAAGGCGAAGUUUUCCGCAUGAAUCUCGAGGCGGGUCGAUUCAUGAAAUCAUACCAAAUCGAUGUCGGUGGUGAUGAUGAGCUCACCGGUGGUGGUCUCCAGGGUGGCAUUCAUGUGGGCAGUGUCAAUGUGGCAGCAAUCGCAGAGCAAUCACACAACCUGCUGGCCUUUGGCACGUCGAUAGGCACAGUCGAGUUCUGGGAUCCUCGCUCAAAAUCAAAAGUCGCCUUACUAGCUGGCCACGACGGAGCGGUCACGGCGCUCGACUUUAACGAAUCCGGUCUGUCUUUGGCGACAGGGUCAAGCACUGGCAUGGUCCAGCUUUUCGACCUGCGCCGACCCACUCCCAUGUUGAAGAAGGAUCAUGGAUAUGGCUUCCCGGUACAAAAUCUCAAGCACAUGACUACCUCUUCUCAAGAAAGGAAGGUCAUGUCAGCAGACAAGCGUAUCAUCAAAAUUUGGGAUGAGAAAGACGGAGAGCCCUGGACGUCAGUCGAACCCGCCGUCGAUCUGAACGAUGUCGCCUGGUGCAAGGAUAGUGGUAUGCUUCUCACUGCCAACGAAGGUCCCCAACAACAUGCCUUUUUCGUGCCUCAGCUCGGCCCGGCGCCCAAGUGGUGCUCUUUCUUGGACAAUAUGGUCGAGGAAAUGGCAGAAGAAGUGCGCACAGAAACAUAUGACAACUACAAGUUCCUGUCCUUGCCUGAGCUCAAGCAGCUUAGUCUGGACCAUUUGGUCGGAAAAAGCACCUUACUGCGACCUUAUAUGCACGGUUAUUUUGUCGCGUCCAAGCUCUACGACCAGGCUAAGCUCAUUGCCAAUCCCUACGCAUUUGAGGAGGAGCGGACGAAACGCGUCAAGGAGAAGAUCGAAAAGGAGCGCGCCAGCAGAAUCAGGGGCAGCAAGAAGGUCAAGGUCAAUCAGCGACUCGCUGACAGACUCCUCAAGAAGCAGGAGAACAGAGGCAAGGUCGAUGCCAAUGCCGGAUUACUCGGGGAUUCUCGUUUCAGCAAGCUAUUCGAAGACGAAGACUACAUUGUCGACGAGACCAGCCGAGAAUUCCAGGUUCUCAACCCCAGUACCGUCAUCCCCGCCGACCAGCGGCCUGAUCCCAAGACUGCGAAGAGAUACCAAGCCAAGGAUUCAGAUGACGAGUCGAGCGACGAGGAAAUCCGGGCAGCCCCCAAAAAGACAGCAGAUGUCUCCAUGCGCGUCUCCUCGACACAGAACCACGGACGGCCGCUCAAGGAUACCAACCUGGGAUCGAGAGAAACUGGACCGGGCCGGUAUUCGAAGGCCCGUGGCAAUGUUGUUGGCGAUCGCGAAGUCACAUUUAUGCCCAAGUCAAAGAAGAAGAACCAGGAAGAGGAGCCUGAGAAACCACAAAGACGAUCUAAUGCCGGAAGGCGGAGCGCCAGCUCUAACACAUUCCGCAAGAUGUGA